CCUCUCCUCGUCUCCCAGGUACAGCACGUUACCCUCGGGAGUGAUCCGCCGUCUGCAGGAGCCGAGCAAACAAAGAGAAAAUGAAUCAUUCGUUGGAGAAUUCAAUUCCCUAUGAGGAAUAUUUACGGAUGAAGGCACGGACAAUACCACAGCAUCGCAUGAAGGAAUUUUUGGAUUCCAUGAAUGGCAAAGGGUCUGAAGAAGUCCAACAGUUUGUACAAACUCCAGUUACAACGUACCAACAAAGAGGACACUACAUAUACAUGGACAGUGCUGAUGUUGCAGGAUCAUUACUAGAGUUGGCUCGACCUAUUAGUUCUCCAGUUCAGCAACAGACAUCCCAAGGGUCACCAAUAGGACAGCAACAGAUUCAGUCACACCAUGUACAAACUCAACAGACUCACCAAUUGGAGGUCCAAACGGAUCACCAAUCCUUGCAAGCCAAACAAAUGCAAGUCCAAUUGCAGUCACAGUCCUCUACUGAGGAACCGGCAUCUGGUAGUCAGUCAGGCAACUCUACACCACAGCAAGAGAGAAGACCCAGCUCUUCAGGUGUUGCACAGCCUAUGAAAAAAAGAAAAAUUGAUUUACCGAUUGAAGAUAGUUAUACAAUGAGUCAGCCUUCGGCACAGAAUACAGUGACCACCGUUCUUACAUUGCCCUCUCAGGCUCAACAGCAAGGAUAUAUUCCUGUCCGUCAGGAGUUGCUUACAGUGGACAGCAGUCAGCUGUAUGGAAUAGUUCCAGCUACAACCUGUGGCCCAUUGUCCAACACUGAAUCAUGGACUAUAUAUACUACUCCUGCACCAUGUUCAGAAGGUCAAACUAUAGUUCAUAGUGCAAUUCCCAAUGAAGGCUGCAAUAUUGUCCAUAUUGAUGAAAUCCCAAUGGGUAUGACUGGGAUCAAAUUAGAAGACGACAAAGACAAAGUUCAAAUCCUAUCCGAUGGUGGAAAAAGUAUGCAGGAUAAAAUGAUGCAUCCAUCUGUAACAGCUGCAUUCUCAACACAGUUUGUGAAUGUGAAUGGAAACAUUCAUAUCCCUGUUACAAUACAAGCUGGUGGUAGAGCCUAUCAAUCUUUGAAGUACUGGGAUCCACAGCAAUUGCAGACCCAAGUCCUACAGACCCCUUCCACAGAACAGCAAGUUGAGGUACAGUCUGAUUUAAUGCUUCCUGAAUCCCUAAAACCGGAAGAGGGGGCCAGCGUUUGGCAGAACUGGGUUCAAGUCAAGAAUGCAGAAAUAAUGAAGGAAGCUGAAAAUAAACCACCUUUGCCAGGAAGACGACAGCCAAUGAGAUUUAGAGAAGAUGUCCUUUCUGCAACGUUAGUAGAACUUAACUAUGGUCUUUGCUUGAUGACCAAAGAAGCUAGAGAUUCAGAUGGUUCUCCAUACGAAGCAGAUUUGCUGUAUUAUUUCUUUCUUUGUAUUCAGAAGCAUAUGUUUGAAAAUGGAAGAAUCGAUAAUAUUUUUGCAGAUCUCUACUAUUCUAAAUUUACUGAAAGAUUACAUGAAGUGCUAAAACAAUGGCAUCCUAAAUUAAGCCAGCUUGGUUAUUUAAUUCCUAGUCGUAUUACUGAGGAGAUGCUAUGGGAUUGUAAGCAACUUGGAGCACACUCUCCAGCUACACUCUUAUACACGUUGAUGUAUUUCAACACAAAGUAUUUUUUGCUGAAAACUGUUGAGCAACACUCCAAAUUAGCUUUCUCCAAAGUAUUAAAACAAAUCAAGAAGAGCCCAGGCAAUUCAAAGGAUAAGUGUGCCAGUAUACGAUACUUGCGGUUAUAUGGACAACUUCAAGCUGGCCAGAAAGUCACUGAAGACAUGUAUGUUGAGCAGCUUGAAAAUUCAGAGAAUCCAUUGAGAUGCCCGAUAAAACUCUAUGACUUCUACCUCUUUAAAUGUCCCCAGAGUGCUAAAGGACGUAAUGAUGCCUUCUACUUAAACGCUGAACCUGUGGUUGCACCAAACAGCCCAAUCUGGUACUCAACACAGCCAGUCAGCAGUGAGGCAAUGGAACAAAUGUUGACCAGAAUCCUCAUGGUCAGGGAGGUCCAGGACGCUCAUGCUACGACACACAUCUCCCCUUUCCAAUGAAAAUUCACGGAAUAAAGGAACUCAUUGGCAAGUCAUAGGAAAUCGUUGUACAGGCAACUUAUUUGUCUGCAUCAGCUGUCAGAAGAAUUUCAUGCACAUGGCUUGAGGACGAAUGUACCAUGAAUAUGGAUGUCCAAUCUUGAAAUUUGUGGCUGAUUUGUAUUUGAGUUGUUCUUGAAAGCCUCAAGAGUUUUAUUGUUUCUUUAAACUAUACAGAAAAUAAUUAACUCUCUAAAACUGAACAGACUGUAAAUAAGAGGAAAACAAAAAACUUUCUUUCCAGUUGGCGGUAGUGAAUUUUGCUACUUCAUCAAUAAAUUCUUUAAUGGAGUUUUGAAAUUAAAUAUAAAUUAUGUGCAUUCCAUCUGUGGCAACACAGAAUUGUGAUCAUUGUAUAAUUUAAUUACUUGUUUGAAUCCUAGACUGAAGUUCUGUCUUUACCUGUACUACAGAUGCUUCCAUGAACAGUCUCCUUUUUAGCAGACUGACAUGUUCUUUAACACGUCUUUUGUUUUUUUGUAUGUAAAUGUACCUGGUGUACUUCUGUGCCUAAUGUGGAUAUUCCACUACAGAUUUUGAGAGAAACUUUAUAAAAUAUAAAUUGCAUUUGCAUGAACAGAAAUUAAACUAGGUUUAAAAAAAAAUGUUGGCUUUAGGUUUUAAACCAGAUCAACUUUACCUCAGACCUGUGAUAUCGUGCCUUGAUAUCAGGCAGGUGCUUGGGAUAAUUUCAUAUGGACUAUAACGUGCUAUAAAGCUUUUGAAUAUAGUUAGGUUUGGUGGUUUUUACUUUUAUGGGGGACAAUUAUAUUUUUUUCACUUUAAUUCAAGUUUUGAAUCACUGACUAAUAUAAAUCCUUACUAUUAUAAUCAUGUAGUGCAUACCAGGGAUAUCACGUUACCUUUGUAAUUUUUUUUUAUAAAAUUCACUAAUUUCAUUGGUCUAGGUAGAAACAAUAAAUUUUACCUACGAAAGUAAAAAUGCCUUGGCUUGUUUGGAACAUGAAAUUUCUUUAGGAUUUUUUCUCAAAAAUCCAUAAUUUUGAGUUUUAAUUAAGGAACCAUGACCUGAUUGAAAAGGAUCAAAUGGCUGAUUGACAUUAAUUUUGCUGCAGCCCAUAUGAAUAUCUAAGCAGAUAGUAAUUUGCAAUAGGAAUGAAUUUGCAAGGAUUUAACUCAUCAUUUCUAAAUUGAGCAGUUGAAGUAGAUUCCACAUCCCCCCCACCCUUGUUUAGCAGAAUCUAUUGGGCAGGACGAUCAAUCUUCCACAAGAGUAUUUGGAUGUGGAAGGUGUCACCCAAAGUAGCAAAUGAAACUGUAAAUACUUCAAAAAAAAAUCAAAAGACGCUUGAAUGAGAGCGCAUUUCAUAGGUGCUUGAGACAAAGAGCAGGGAGUAGGUUUAGAAUAAGUUGUUCUAUAGGUAAGAUAGCAAAAGUUUCCACUUCCCUCCCCCACCCCUUGAUCUCCAACACUUAAUCCAGGAAAUUUAAGUGGUUUUGGGUGACUUACUGUUGAAGAACUCACCCAUCGGUUGGGCUGGGGUGAAAUCACAAGAAUGAAAUGUAUCAUGGCUUGGGCAGUGUCUAAAUGCAAUACAUUACUGUUUAAGGGCUUGUUCUGGUAUUUUAAUUCUACAUUUCAUGUGGCUGUUAACAUUGCAAUGUUCUCCAGAGGCCAGGAAUCUUAGUUUGGAGUCUCUUUAAUUUCAACCAUAUUUGGCUUUGCUUUCAAUUAUAUGCUGGACCUUCUGGUCACGGCCUGGUGUUUGGAAGGUGUGGUAGCAUCUUCUGUUUCUUUUAAAGGGGGUGAAAGUAUAUUCUAUUAAUAUAUAGGCACCUAAUGUUUAUUGGAUUUUUUUAUAUCAGUGAAAAACAGCCAUGGAGUACAUUUUUGGUUUAGAACUGAAAUCUGAUGUGGUGACACAAACUGGGACAUACUCACCAUAAUUUAGCUUCUCAGUGAUGCGCUCAGAAGAUGCCUUUAAAUAAGCUUUUAAAAGGUAAAACUAAGGACAUGAAGCAACUAGAAUUCAUAAGCAUACAGUUAACAUUCAGCAACUUGAUAGAAUAUACUUUCUCCUUUUAACAACCACUUUGAAUUUCUGUGGUAACUGCCCAUUUUGUUAUAUGAUCACAUAAGUAUUAAAAGUUGUUUUACUUUA